AUGGCCACUGUACUGGAGCAGGGCGCCAAGACCCUGUGGGUGACCCACGCUGUUGAAGACCCUGAGGAGAGGACCUGCCUGCUCCGCUCCAAUGCUCUCUCGCUGGUCUACCUGCUGUUCCUGCUGCUACUGCCCUGGUUCCCGGGCCCCUCCCGGCACAGCAUCCGAGGUCACGCUGGCCGCCUCCUCCGAGCCCUGUUGGUCUUCAGCCUCCUCUUCCUGGCAGCCCACCUUGCUUUCCAGAUAUGCCUACACACUGUGCCUGGUCUGGACCAGCUUCUGGGGUCAAACUGCAGCCACUGGGAGAACCUCUCCCAACUUGUGGGGGUCACGAGGCUGGACGUGAAGGACAUCCCCAAUGCCGUGCGGCUGGUGGCCCCCGACUUGGGCAUCCUGGUGGUCUCUGCUGUGUGCCUUGGCCUCUGUGGGCGCCUCACACGGGAAGCCCGGCGGAGCCAGCGCCCCCAGGAACUGGAUGAUGAUGACAGGGAAGUGGAUACCAGCUCCCUGGUGGGGCUGCAGGGAGCCCCUGCGCUGGCCCACAAGCGGAGGUCGAAGCUGGCUGCUCGGUUCUGGAUCACAGCUCACUGGUUGCUAGUGGCUGCUGGGCGGACCCUGGCCAUAGUGCUGCUCGCGCUGGCAGGCAUCGCCCACCCCUCAGCCUUCUCCAGCAUCUACUUCCUGUUCUUCUUGGGCAUCUGCACCUGGUGGGCCUGCCACUUUCCCAUCAGCCCCCUGGGCUUCAGCACACUCUGCGUCAUGGUGGGCUGCUUUGGCGCCGGCCAUCUCAUCUGCCUCUACUGCUACCAGAUGCCCUUCGCCCAGGACAUACUCCCACCUGCUGGCAUCUGGGCCAGGGUUUUCGGUCUAAAGGACUUUGUGACCCGCACAAACUGCUCCAGUUCCAAUGCGCUGGUGCUCAACACCAGCCACGACUGGCCUGUGUACGUGAGUCCCGGCAUCCUGCUGCUCCUGUACUACACUGUGAUCUCACUCCUGAAGCUGCGCACACACCACCCCCCAGAACAGACAAAGGUGGCAGCUGGGGGUGUCAAGGAGCGGGAGGUGGAACUGACCGAGGUGGACCAGUGGCCCCAGGGCCAGGCCAAGACUGCAGCCACCAAGGAGGAGGGCGCUGCUCAGCAUAUGACACCCACGCCCGUGGGGCCUGACCCUGAGACUGACAACUGCAUCGUGCACGACCUGAGUAGCCACUGCCCCGUGCAGCAGCGCUCCUUGUACACCAGGCUGGCUGAGCCAAGAGAGACCUCUCCGCUGCAUGGCCUGGGACACCUCAUCAUGGCCCAGAGCUACGUGUGCGCCCUCAUCGCCAUGAUGGUGUGGAGUAUCACCUACCACAGCUGGCUGACCUUCGUGCUGCUGCUCUGGGCCUGCCUCAUCUGGACUGUGCGCAGCCGCCACCAGCUGGCCAUGCUCUGCUCGCCCUUCAUCCUGCUCUACGGGCUGGCGCUGUGCAUCCUGCGCUAUGUGUGGGCCAUGGACCUGCAUUCUGAGCUGCCCACCACCCUGGGUCCUGUCAGCCUGCGCCAGCUGGGGCUGGAGCACACUCGCUACCCUUGCCUGGACCUUGGUGCCAUGUUGCUGUAUACCCUGACCUUCUGGCUCCUGCUGCGCCAGUUUGUCAAGGAGAAGCUGCUGAGGAGGGAGAAAACAGCCUCCACGCUGAUGGAGGUCACUGUGGCGGACACAGACCCCAUGCGGACUCGGACGCUGCUCCGGAGUCUGGGGGAGCUGUUCACUGGCCUCUAUGCCAAGUACUGGAUCUACGUGUGCGCCGGCAUGUUCAUCGUGGUCAGCUUUGCAGGCCGGCUUGUCGUCUACAAGAUCGUCUACAUGUUCCUCUUCCUGCUCUGCCUCACCCUCUUCCAGGUCUACUACAGCCUGUGGAGGAAGCUGCUCAAGGUGUUCUGGUGGCUGGUGGUGGCCUACACCAUGCUGGUGCUCAUCGCUGUCUACACCUUCCAGUUCCAGGACUUCCCCAUGUACUGGCGCAACCUCACAGGCUUCACUGACGAGCAGCUGGGGGACCUGGGCCUGGAGCAGUUCAGCGUGUCCGAGCUCUUCUCCAGCAUCCUCAUUCCCGGCUUCUUCCUGCUCGCCUGCAUCCUGCAGCUGCACUACUUCCACAGGCCCUUCAUGCAGCUCACCGACCUGGAGCACAUCCCCCUGCCUGGCUCCUGCCGCCCGCGCUGGGCUCACAGGCAGGACGCAGUGAGCAGAACCCCAUUGUUGCAGCAGCAGGAGGAAGAGGAAGCCCCCAGAGACCAGGGGUUGGGCACUGCUGGCCCCCACCAGGCCACGCAGGUCCCAGAAGUCACAGCCAACAAAUGGGGCCUGGUGGCCGAGCGACUGCUAGACUUGUCCGCCAGCUUCUCCGACAUCCUCACGCGCGUGCAGGUGUUUGUGCGGCGCCUGCUGGAGCUCCACGUCUUCAAGCUGGUGGCCCUAUACACUGUCUGGGUGGCCCUGAAGGAGGUGUCGGUGAUGAACCUCCUGCUGGUCGUGCUCUGGGCCUUCGCCCUGCCCUAUCCCCGCUUCCGGCCCAUGGCCUCCUGUCUGUCCACCGUGUGGACCUGCAUCAUCAUCGUGUGCAAGAUGCUCUACCAGCUCAAGGUCGUCAACCCCCACAAGUACUCCAGCAACUGCACUGAGCCCCUCCCCAAUAGCACCAACCUGCAGAAGACAGAGAUCAACCAGUCCUUGCUGUACCGGGGACCCAUUGACCCGGCCAACUGGUUUGGGGUGCGGAAAGGCUUCCCAAAUCUGGGCUACAUCCAGAACCACCUGCAGAUCCUGCUGCUGCUGGUGUUCGAGGCCAUUGUAUACCGGCGCCAGGAGCACCACCGCCGGCAGCACCAGCUGGCCCCGCUGCCCGCCCAGGCCGUCUGCAUCGAAGGCACGCGCCAGCAGCUGGACCGGGAUCUGCUUAGCUGUGUCAAGUACUUCAUCAACUUCUUUUUCUACAAAUUUGGGCUGGAGAUCUGCUUCCUGAUGGCUGUGAACGUGAUUGGGCAGCGCAUGAACUUCAUGGUCAUCCUGCACGGCUGCUGGCUGGUGGCCAUCCUCACCCGCCGGCGCCGCCGGGCCAUCGCCCGUCUCUGGCCCAACUACUGCCUCUUCCUGACGCUCUUCCUGCUGUACCAGUACCUGCUGUGCCUCGGCAUCCCCCCGGCUCUGUGCAUCGACUAUCCAUGGCGCUGGAGCCAGGCCAUCCCCAUGAACUCGGUGCUCAUCAAGUGGCUGUACCUGCCUGACUUCUUCAGGGCCCCCAACUCCACCAACCUCAUCAGUGACUUCCUGCUGCUGCUCUGCGCCUCCCAGCAGUGGCAGGUAUUCUCAGCUGAGCGCACGGAGGAGUGGCAGCACAUGGCCGGCGUCAACACCGACCACUUGGAGCCUCUGCGGGGGGAGCCCAACCCCGUGCCCAACUUCAUCCACUGUAGGUCCUACCUCGACAUGCUGAAAGUCGCUGUCUUCCGCUACCUCUUCUGGCUGGUGCUGGUGGUGGUGUUCGUCACAGGGGCCACACGCAUCAGUGUCUUCGGGCUGGGCUACCUGCUGGCCUGUUUCUACCUGCUGCUCUUUGGCACCUCCCUGCUGCAAAAGGAUACGCAUGCCCGCCUCGUGCUGUGGGAUUGCCUCAUCCUCUACAACGUCACUGUCAUCAUCUCCAAGAACAUGCUCUCGCUCCUGUCCUGUGUCUUCGUGGAGCAAAUGCAGAGCAGCUUCUGCUGGGUCAUCCAGCUGUUCAGCCUCGUGUGCACCGUCAAAGGCUACUAUGACCCCAAGGAGAUGCUGGGCAGGGACCAGGACUGCCUGCUGCCCGUGGAGGAGGCCGGUGUCCUCUGGGACAGCGUCUGUUUCCUGUUCUUGCUGCUGCAGCGCCGUGUCUUCCUCAGCUACUACUUCCAGCACGUCAGGGCCGAGCUCCAGGCCACUGCUUUCCAGGCCUCCAGGGGCUUCGACCUGUACAACGCUGCCAACCUCAAAAGCAUUGACUACCACCGCAAGGUCGAGGAGAAGUCCCUGGCCCAGCUGAAAAGACAGAUGGAACGUAUCCGUGCCAAGCAGGAAAAGUACAGGCAGGGCCGGGUGGCCCUCAGCCACCCCCAGGAACCCCUGGACCCGGACCAGGAGCCAGGGCCCGGCAGUCCAGGGGGCUCCUCCCCGCCACGGAGACAGUGGUGGCGGCCCUGGCUGGACCACGCCACAGUCAUCCACUCCGGAGACUACUUCCUGUUCGAGUCGGACAGUGAGGAGGAGGAAGAGGCCCAGCCUGAGGACCCCAGGCCGUCGGCGCAGAGUGCCUUCCAGAUGGCAUACCAGGCAUGGGUGACCAACGCCCAGACGGUGCUGCGGCGGCGGCGGCAAGAGCAGGCUCAGCUGCGUGUGGGAGGCGGCCAGGGCCCAGAGGCGGACUUGGCAGAGGGCCCAGAGAACGAGGUGGCAGGCCGCAGCCAUGUGAUGCAGCGGGUGCUGAGCACCUUGCAGUUCCUGUGGGUGCUGGGGCAGGCGCUGGUGGACGGGCUGACGCGCUGGCUGCGCACCUUCACGCGGCACCACCGCGCCAUGAGUGACGUGCUGUGCGCUGAGCGCUACCUGCUCACCCAGGAGCUGCUCCGGGGUGGACAGGUGCACAGGGGCGUGCUGGACCAGCUGUACUCAAAUGAAGCCGAGGCCGCGCCAACAGGCCCCUCAGAGGCACGUGACAUGCCUAGCACAGCCUCGAGCGGGCUGGGGGCUGAGGACCCGAUAAGCAGUACGCCCGAAGACGCCAGCAGCCCCCUGAGCACCGGCUACAACACCCGCAGUGGCAGUGAAGAGAUGGUCACCGAGCCCGGGGCUUCCCUGCACGGCUCCCGAGAGCUUCCCGGUAGCACUCGGACACGGAUGCGCACGGCCAGCGAGCUGCUGCUUGACAGGUGCCUGCGCAUCCCAGAGCUGGAGGAGGCCGAGCAGUUCGAGGCCGGGCAGGGCCGGGCGCUGCGGCUGCUGCAGGCCGUGUACCAGUGCGUGGCCGCCCACUCGGAGCUGCUCUGCUACUUCAUCAUCGUCCUCAACCACAUGGUCACCGCCUCGGCCGCCUCCCUCGUGCUGCCCGUGCUGGUCUUCUUGUGGGCCAUGCUGUCCAUCCCGCGGCCCAGCAAGCGCUUCUGGAUGACGGCCAUCGUCUUCACUGAGGUCACGGUGGUCACCAAGUACCUGUUCCAGUUUGGCUUCUUCCCCUGGAACAGCCACACAGUGCUGCGGCGCUACGAGAACAAGCCCUACUUCCCGCCGCGUAUCCUGGGCCUGGAGAAGACCGACGGCUACAUCAAGUACGACCUGGUACAGCUCAUGGCCCUCUUCUUCCACCGUUCCCAGCUGCUGUGCUAUGGCCUCUGGGACCACGAGGAGGACCCGCUUUCCAGGGAGCCUGAUGGUGGGCGUGGGAAGGAGGAGGAGCCUGAGGAGGAGCCAGCCCCGCCGGGACUCCAGACCGAGGAGGGCACAGGACCCCAGGAGGAGCUGGGGACGGCUGGGGCCACCACCAACGAUGACAUCCAAGUGGAAGUGAGGGAUGCGCCCCCAGAGCCGCAAGUGGAGCUCCAGCCCAGCGACGCGAGGCGCAUCAGUCUGCGUUUCAGGAGGAGAACGAAGGAGGCUGCAGAACCCAGAGGACCGGCAGCCACUGAAGCCGAGACUGAGGACGACGGGGAGGAGGCAACAGCCACCUCUCGGAGAGAAAAGAAGCGGAGUCGUCCCCAGGAAAAAGUGAGGGCGGUGGGCAUCUGGCUGCAGACCUUCUGCCUGUCCCUGGCCCAGAGUAUGUACCGGCCCCUGCGGCGUUUCUUCCACGACAUCCUGCACACCAAGUACCGCGCAGCCACUGACGUCUACGCCCUCAUGUUCCUGGCUGAUGUGGUCGACUUCAUCAUUAUCAUCUUUGGCUUCUGGGCCUUUGGGAAGCAUUCAGCGGCUACGGACAUCACGUCCUCCCUGUCGGAUGACCAGGUACCUGAGGCCUUCCUGGUCAUGCUGCUGAUCCAGUUUAGCACUAUGGUCAUCGACCGUGCCCUCUACCUGCGCAAGACCGUGCUGGGCAAGCUGGCCUUCCAGGUCGUUCUGGUGCUGGCCAUCCACUUCUGGAUGUUCUUCAUCCUGCCCGCUGUCACUGAGAGGAUGUUCAGCCAGAAUGCAGUGGCCCAGCUGUGGUACUUUGUGAAGUGCAUCUACUUCGCCCUGUCUGCCUACCAGAUCCGCUGCGGCUACCCCACCCGCAUCCUUGGCAACUUCCUCACCAAGAAAUACAACCACCUCAACCUCUUCCUCUUCCAGGGGUUCCGGCUGGUGCCAUUCCUGGUGGAGCUGCGGGCUGUGAUGGACUGGGUAUGGACAGACACCACGCUGUCCUUGUCCAAUUGGAUGUGCGUGGAGGACAUCUAUGCCAACAUCUUCAUCAUCAAGUGCAGCCGAGAGACAGAAAAGAAAUACCCACAGCCCAAGGGGCAGAAGAAGAAGAAGAUUGUUAAGUAUGGCAUGGGCGGCCUUAUAAUCAUCUUCCUUGUGGGCAUCAUCUGGUUCCCGCUGCUCUUCAUGUCUCUGGUGCGCUCCGUUGUCGGAGUUGUCAAUCAGCCCAUAGAUGUCACCGUCACUCUCAAGCUGGGUGGCUACGAGCCUCUGUUCACCAUGAGUGCCCAGCAGCCAUCCAUCGUGCCCUUCACACACCAGGCCUAUGAGGAGCUGUCCAGGCAGUUUGACCCCCACCCGCUGGCCAUGCAGUUCAUCAGCCAGUACAGCCCUGAGGACAUCGUCACAGCACAGAUUGAAGGCAGCUCUGGGGCCCUGUGGCGCAUCAGCCCACCAAGCCGGGCCCAGAUGAAGCGGGAGCUGUACAAUGGCACUGCCGACAUUACCGUGCGCUUCACCUGGAACUUCCAAAGGGACCUGGCCAAGGGAGGCACUGUAGAGUACACCAAUGAGAAGCAUACCCUGGACUUGGCCCCCAAUAGUACUGAGCGGCGGCAACUGGCCAGCCUAUUGGAGGGCACCUCGGACCAGUCAGUGGUUAUCCCUAACCUCUUCCCCAAGUACAUCCGUGCCCCCAACGGGCCUGAAGCCAACCCCGUGAAGCAGCUGCAGCCCAAUGAGGAGGCUGACUACCUCGGUGUACGCAUCCAGCUGCGGAGGGAGCGUGUGGGUUCCGGGGCUUCUGGCUUCCUUGAGUGGUGGGUCAUUGAGCUAGAGAACUGCCAGGCUGAAUGCAACCUGCUGCCCAUGGUCAUCUUCAAUGACAAGGUCAGCCCACCGAGCCUAGGCUUCCUGGCUGGCUACGGGAUCAUGGGGCUCUAUGUGUCCAUCGUGCUGGUCAUCGGGAAGUUUGUACGUGGCUUCUUCAGUGAGAUCUCUCACUCCAUCAUGUUCGAGGAGCUGCCGUGUGUGGACCGAAUUCUCAAGCUCUGCCAGGACAUCUUCCUGGUGCGGGAGACCCGGGAGCUGGAGCUGGAAGAGGAGCUAUAUGCCAAGCUUAUCUUCCUAUACCGCUCACCGGAGACCAUGAUCAAGUGGACCCGCGAGAAGGAGUAGGGGCCAGGCUCCUUGAGCACCGUGAAUGAAGGAGCCGGCCUAGCAGGAAGGACAGUGCUCCUCAGGCCACAGAAGCAGAUAACCCACUCUGAGGCCACCAGCUGUGACAGGUCCUCCUGGCCCACUGAGCCUUGAUGCUGCUGUCAGAAGGAAGCUGUGGCCCCUCCAUGGCCCAGCACAGGACUGCUGUCCCUUUCCGUCGUCCCUGCUGGGCCCAGUGCCAGAGACACUGGGUCAGGGGCCCCGGCCCUCCUUUCCCCACGCGUACUGUAGAGUUUUUUAAUUAAAAACAUUUUUAUUUAUA